AUGGCGAAAGUCUCCCCUCAGUGGAAACAAGCCAAGCUGACUGCAUUCCCCAAGAGGUUCAAGGACCCUAUGGUCCACACCAGCAACAGGCCCAUCAGCCUCUGGAUUUUUGGAUUUUUGGUGUUGUUGCCAUGUAUAUCUGGUGGCACAACAAUGAAUAUGAAUAUGAGCUGCGUGUGGUACCCAUCGCUGGACUACGCGCGUGUGGCGAUGGAGUGUUCUGGGCCGUUGGUGACGAAAGUACCGACGAUGCUGUCUAGCGAUCUGAAAUUGUUGCGUCUUACUGGGACCAGCAUCACGUCGUUGGACAGCACCAGCUUCGAGGGGCGUAGCUUGGCCGAGCUCACGACCCUGUCUGUGAGCGGCGGUGCGCUGGCCAGAGUCGCGGCUAACGCCUUCUGCCCGUUGCCCGCCCUGGCGAAGCUCGACUUGUCUCUUAACCAAUUGGAUCAUCUAGAUGCAUUGAGCUUCAAGUGCAACAAGCAUUUGAGAACUGUAAACCUCUCUGACAAUCCCAGUCUGCAUCACUUGCCUCUAUUGUGUGUGCCGGCAGACCCGGAGCGUUUCAACUGUGAACGUCUCGCAGACGUGUAA